AUGCAAAGCCCUACUCAGCUACAAAACCAGAACAAACAUUCCAACGCAUUGUACAUGAUGCGAGAGUAUGCUCGUGCGUGUGAGUGCGUGCACUCGGUGUUGAUCCAAUCCAAGCCACGAAACGAAGAAGACAAGGAUUUAAUUGCUUACCUCAAACGCGUUCCUGAAGAGAACGGGUUCAUGGUUGACGGUGAUUAUGUACGGCGAGAAGCUCAAAUCGGAUCCAAUUGCGACGAGGAGGAAUCGGAAGAACUUCUGCUGAACAUUAAAACAUUAUCACCAGAAGAAAAUCAAGAAAUAGCAUGCCAAAAUUUCUUGAUUGGCCAGAGAGACCUACAAUUUGGCAAAACUGAUUAA